AGAUACUAUAUCCAACCUGGCGAUACACUGUCGGGAAUAUCCCUCCGUUUCGGCUUCGAUGGCAGAAAGUUGGCACGUCUGAACAAGUUGCCUCCUAGUACCCUCAAUACAACACCUCACCUCCUUCACACGCGUCAAUUCCUCAAUUUGCCUUCAAACAUCUCCCUGCCAGCCACUCCUCCGCUACCUCCAGGAGAAGAGGAACGUAGGGCUCGAGAAAGAACCGAGAAACGAUUCGCGUUCGUAACUAAAGAAAUUGACUAUCGAAUUGCGAAAGCUUACGUUGCUCUCGCAGAACAAGAUGAUCACUCGAAGUCCGAAGUCAUGGCAAAGGAGGGUGGGAAAAGUGCAGGAAAUGUCGGUUCAUCAUUAGAAAGUCGAGCUGUGGAUGCCUAUUUGGAUGAUACUGAGUGGGAAGAAGAGGAAAGGAGGGACGGUAGGGGACCCUUCAUCCAGGAGUUUCCU